CUUCAUUUUCAGAGAAAGCAAAUCAAUGUCAAGGAUCAUCCAGAAGAAUCAAUGAAAAUGCACCUGCAUUUUCUUCUUCCCUUUUGAGUAUACAAUCUUUCCUCUUAAAGGUUAUCUAAAAAAAAUCCCCUUUUUAGACCUCACUGCUAUAACAACAACUCUUGCUUCUCAUUUCCAAUGGCAAAGAGACCUGAAAAACGAAACUUGCCCCUUCACAUCAUUACAGGCACCACCAAUGUGGUCAGAGUUGGGGACUGUGUGUUGAUGAGGCCAUCAGAAAACGAUAAGGCUCCGUAUGUAGCACGGGUUGAUAAAAUUGAAGCUGAUAAGAACAAGCAUACUUUUGUACAUGUUACAUGGUAUUACCGUCCAGAGGAGUCCAUGGGAGGGCGGAGAGAGUUUCAUGGAUCAAAGGAGUUAUUCUUGUCAGACCACCAUGAUGUUCAAAGUGCAUACACUAUAGAAGGAAAGUGCACAGUUCAUACAUUCAAGAACUAUACCAAGCUUAAAUGUGUUGGUCCUGAUGAUUACUACUCUCGAUUUGAGUAUAAAGUGGCAACUGGAGAUUUUAUUCCAGAUCGUGUUGCAGUGUAUUGCAAAUGUGAGAUGCCCUAUAACCCUGAUGAUUUAAUGGUACAAUGUGAGCACUGCAAGGACUGGUAUCACCCAGGCUGUGUGGGCUUGACUACUGAACAAACUAAACAACUAGCUGAAUUUGUUUGUUCCGAUUGCUCAUCCUCUCUGAAGAAGUCUGUUAAUACUCCAGUCCCUCUCUCCAGUGGCACGGCUGUGCCAAAGCGCCAGAAGAGGUAAGCGGAGCUGUGGUAAAGAUGGAUGAAGAUAGUUUUCAUGAUGCUCAUCAGGAUUAUGUACAAUGCACUGCACUGGAACUAAUGCCAGUUCUUUUUCAUAUAUUAUCUUAUGUCUGUUGUGUCCUGCUUUUGUCAGUAGCUCUUGUAUGUACUAGUAUAAGCAGAUGUUGACAGUAUUUUGGAAUUUGAAACUCAACUAGCAAAACAGUCUUUUGGAUUUUGAAUCGCAAUAUUAGCGUAAAUCUAUUGA